CUUUAGUAAUAAUUGUUACCUAGUCACCGUUUUCAUUUCCGUUUCACUGCAAGUAGUGCACGCAAUUCUUAAACUUCAUACAAAUUUGUAUUAAUUACGAUAAAAAGAUAUUUCUUCUUUAUCUGUGCCAGUUUGAAUUCUUAGCUAUUUUUCAAUAUUUUUUAUCUUCGGUUUUUAUUCUUUGUGAACUCGUGAAUUGGCUUUUCACGGUUUGUUGAAUACCGGUAUAUAGUCAGCAAUCAAUGUCAGUUCCGUAAUUGUAAAGUGAAGUGCAAUCUGGAAAAAACCUUGAAUCAAUUUCAAUUAGACAUUUCUCACCAUGAUUAAAGUAAUCUCAAUUGUAGUAGCAAUAGCUGCGGUGGCGAUUGCCGAGGAAUUGAAUGCUGUGGUUUUGUUGGUACCAAAUGAUGUCGCCAAAAAUAAUGUCACUGGAAAGCUACUUAUUACACAAAGCGUUGCGAAUGGACCAGUAACAAUAACGGGGACCGCUGUGGGUCUUGAUCCUGGUCUUCACGGAUUCCACGUUCAUGAAAAAGGAGAUCUAAGUGGAGGUUGUGCAUCCACUGGAAAACAUUUUAAUCCUGACAAAGUUAGUCAUGGAGCACCAGAAGAUACCGUACGACAUGUAGGAGAUCUUGGUAACAUUAAAGCCGACGAAAAGGGCAUCGCAAGCAUAAACAUAACCGACAAUAUAAUUUCUUUGUGUGGACCAAACAGCAUUAUCGGUCGUUCUUUCGUAAUCCACGAAAAGAAGGAUGACCUUGGAAAAGGCAAUACCACACUCUCUUUGGAAACUGGUGAUGCUGGAAAUCGUUUGGCUUGUGGAUUAGUGGGAAUUCUGUAGGUUAUCGUUCCAUGAUAACCCAGUGGGUCCAAAAUUCGCAAAAACGUCAUUAAAACGUUUUAAAAACGUAUGUUAGACUCCAGAACGUUAUAAAAACGUCUAACGUUCUAUAUGAAAAUUCUCGAAACAUCCUUAAAACACUGGAUGUUAUUAGAACGUAUUUUCCAUAAAAGCAGCUAUACAAGAAAUGUUAAUUACGUUUUUUGACCUUUAUUACCAAAAAUGUUUUUAGGACGUUCUUUGUUUUUGCCCACUGGAAUUGUAAUGUGUGUUUAUUUGUGUAUUGUGAACCGUUACUCACUCAUCUUUGAAUCUCAGUUGUCUUAUCUGCUACAAUAAUAUUUUCUUCGUUCUUUCUG